AGAGAGCGAGAGCUUCGAGCAGUGCAACAACCUUGAAGCUAGUCUAAACUAGUGGGAGGUUGUCUGCAGAGAUGGUGCGUGGCAAGGUGCAGAUGAAGAGGAUCGAGAACCCCGUCCACCGGCAAGUCACCUUCUGCAAACGCCGGGCAGGGCUGCUGAAGAAGGCCAAGGAGCUGUCUGUGUUGUGUGAUGCCGAAAUCGGAAUCAUAAUCUUCUCCACGCAUGGCAAGUUGUAUGAGCUAGCUACUAAGGGGACUAUGGAAGGUUUGAUUCAAAGGUACAGGAAGGCAAGUGGAGAAGUUCAAACAGAAGGUGGCGAAGUGAACCAACCACAGGAACCUGAACAGGAGAUAUUGAUGCUAAAGAAAGAGAUCUAUCUACUGCAGAAGUGUCUUAGGUAUAUGUUUGGAGAUGGAGGCGCUGGAAAUAUGGCACUCGAGGAGCUGCAUGCCUUGGAAAGGCAUCUGGAGAUAUGGACUUAUAAAAUACGUGCUCUAAAGAUGCAGAUCAUGUUCCAAGAAAUCCAAUCCCUUAAAAAUAAGGAGAGAGUCCUGACAGCUGCCAAUGAACUUCUCCAAGAGAAGAUAGUAGAGCAAAAUGGGCAUUUAGAUGUAGCCCCAAUGACAAUACACCAAAACGGGCAUUUUGAUGUGGGCCCAGAGAUAGCUGACAUUCCAUACCCACUAACCACACAGGAUGAGUGUUCCACUUUUAGGAGCUCAGAGAUGGGCUAUUCCUGCGGAUAACAAUAAGACUGGAGGGCUUUUGUCACCACGGCAUUUGUUUAUGGUGUGAAUAAACUACUGUUUGUAUGGAGUGGCAAGGAGCCCACUAGUGAUCAUUUUACUAGCUGUUGGUAUUAUUCUGAAUGUUGAA